UGAUAUUUUGUGAAGCUGAAACGUUUAAUUCUCCUUUCCCACAAAUGUUUUGUUUUACCUGCUUGGCUGCACCUAUUGAUAUAACCUAUCUCUUUGGUUGACUCAUUGAAAUCUAGCCCCUCGUUUGUUUGUUGUCUUUCUCUUUGCUUCUGGAACAAUCAUAGGAUACUGAGGAGCUCAAAGCUGUAUUGGAAAAGGAAAUUUUGAAAUUUAAGGAGCAAUAUAUGUCAAAACAGGACACACAUUAUGCUGCCAAUGACGAUCAUCAGGAAAGAAUGGAACCCUUUCCUCCUUGCAUAGAAAUACCGUCUGAUGGAACUGAUGUCUGGGAAAUUAAUACCAACCUAUUGAAAUUUGAAAACAAAGUUGGCUCUGGAUCAUUCGGUGACUUGUACAAAGGCACAUAUUGCAGUCAAAUUGUGGCUAUCAAAGUCCUCAAACCUGAGCGCACAAAUACAGAUAUGUUGAGAGAGUUUGCACAAGAAGUUUAUAUCAUGAGGAAGAUUCGACACAGGAAUGUUGUGCAAUUCAUUGGAGCAUGUACUCGACCACCAACUCUGUGUAUUGUUACUGAGUUUAUGUCUAGAGGAAGCCUAUAUGACUUUCUGCACAAACAAAGAGGUGUAUUUAAGCUUCCAUCUUUGCUAAAAGUGGCAAUUGAUGUUUCCAAGGGAAUGAGUUAUUUGCACCAAAAUAAUAUCAUACACAGGGAUCUCAAGACUGCCAAUCUGCUGAUGGAUGAAAAUGAAGUGGUGAAGGUAGCGGAUGGAGUUGCCAGAGUGAAGAUAGAAUCUGGAGUGAUGACAGCUGAAACUGGAACUUACCGUUGGAUGGCCCCAGAGGUCAUUGAACACAAACCUUAUGAUCAGAAAGCAGAUGUCUUCAGUUUUGGAAUAACUCUUUGGGAGCUUCUAACCGGAGAACUGCCUUACUCUUACCUGACUCCAUUACAAGCAGCAGUAGGCGUGGUGCAAAAGGGUCUAAGACCGACAAUCCCCAGGAGCAUACACCCAAGACUUUCUGAACUUCUCCAACGUUGCUGGCAACAAGAUCCAAAAGAUAGACCAGAAUUCUCCGAGAUAAUAGAGAUUCUUCAGCUGAUAGUUAAAGAGGUUACUGGUGAAAAAGCCGAUCGCCAUAAAUCAUCCCACGGCUUUCUCUCAGCACUUAAAUGGGGCCAUCACUGAUUUGGAUCUAUCACGACUGUAUAUCCUUGUAUUCUCUUAUGCUCUGGUUUAUCCCUCUAAGGUGCCUUCUUGUUUAAUUUCUAGUUAAUUCGGGCCCUGCCCUCUUUUGUAUCCAAAAAAUAAUAAUAAUAAUUUUAACACACUAUACAAAUGAAAAGUUAAUCGAAUUAUCAUUUCCUUGCAUUAGGGAGGUGGAUGAUGAUAGAUUUGGAAAUGCACAUUAGAAACAUUGUUGUUCGUUCCAUUUUUUGAAUGAUAGUUGCAAUUUCUAUUCCGAAAAACAAA